AGCAGCUCUUCCGCGGUCGCAGUGCCAGUCCAGUCGCCGCCGAGAACCUCCGGAGCGGGAAGUCGUGUGUCGCUUGGAUUAUCUCCGCGGUUUAGUUCGAGUCGAGCGCUCGUGUGAAGCGCGUGUCCUGCCGCCCGUCCGUCCUUCGCAGCGACUGAGCCUCAUCGGUCGUCGUCCGCCGCCGCCGCCGUCUCAAUCUGGCGGCCCUCGCGCAGUGACCGAGCAGCGGCACCAACAAACGGCCCUCACAGACUGACCCUCCAGGGGGCGACCCCGGCUCCUGUGCCUUCCUGAACGUGUCUUCACUGCCUGCCACUCCCCAGUGCCUUACAGUGCCUCUCAAAUAGUAUUCCGUAGCGUGAUAGUGUUAGUGAAUAUCCACACGUACAUCGCAUCACCGCCGAGAGAGCGAGAGAGCGAGAAUGGCUUGGCUCAGCACCGAGUUCUACUACUACAAGGGCAGCGCCCCCUGCCGCGCCGUCUGGAUGACCCUGAAGAUGCUGAAGGUCGAGUAUGAGGACAAGCAAGUGGACCUCAUGAAGGCGGAGAACAAGCGACCGUGGUUCGUGCGGAUGAACCCUCAACACACAGUGCCUACCUUCAACGACCACAGUUUCAUACUAUGGGAGAGUCGCGCCAUCAUGAUGUAUGUGAUGAACAAAUACGUCACGGAGGAGACACAGUACCUGUAUCCAACCGACCCGGAGGAGAGAGCACGGGUGGAUCGAAUGCUUUUCUUCGACAUGGGGACGCUCUACCACGCCAUCAAGGAGUACUUCGCCCCCAAAAUGCACCAGGGAUUACCUCCAGACCCCGAUAAGGAGAACCUGUUGAAGACCAGCUUGGACUACCUGGACACUUUCCUUGAGACGGGCGGCGUUCCUUACCUGUGCGGCGAGAAGUACACCAUCGCUGACAUCUCCGUCUUGGCGUCCAUCACGGAGCUGGACGCCAUGGACUACUCCUACAAGUGCUACGGCGAAGUCCUCAGGUGGACCCAGAGGAUGAAGGAGAACUUCCCGUUCUACAAGGAGUGCUGCGUGGAAGGCGUGGAGAUGACGAGAGCAAGAGUCAAGCAACUGGAACUAGACCUCAAGAAGCAACUCGAGAAGGAGCGCAAGCAGUCCAUCACGAAAAAGUAGACAGCCUCACGCCACACGACCCGACCAGGACGAAUCUGGCAGCACUUGGAAGACGCGCAGUUGUUACUUGAAUGACUCGACUGUAUUUCAUAGUGUGAUCGGAGCAUGAAGAAGAUGAAACUGUUCAUUCAUGUGCAUUUUAAAUGCAUAUGAACCAAUAUGUAUAAACAUAUAUAUGUA